CAGCCCAUAAAAUGAAUUGAGGCCAUUUCUCUUCUUCUUCCCUAACCUAAAGAGCAUGGAAAAAUAGUCGCAGGAGGAAGAACAGAAGAAGAUUGAAUCGUUAGUUAUGGCUAUUUUGAAUGACAAUAGAGUAAUGUGUCACUGUCAUCCAACAUUAAAACCCUAAAAUCAAAGUUGUUUGAAUUUGAUUGAUUGAUUGAUUGAUUUAUGAGUAUGAGAAGGAACAGAGAGUUCAAAACUCUUCUCUCUCGCUCUCACCAGUUCUCUACUUCUUCUUCUUCUUCCCCACACACUCUCCACGGUUUGCAUCAUCCUAGCGACGCCACUUUUUCUCAUAACACUCCCACAACACCAACCCCAACCCCUGAUCAUCAUCAUUUAUCACAAGACUACGCAUUCCUCCGCAACACUCUUCUCAGUUCCACUCCCCAACCAACCCUUUCUUCAGGUGAGUUCCCUAACGAUGAUGUUGUUUUGAUAUCAAAUGCAAUCAAAACUGGUUUAGACAUCCAAAAAAAUCAAAUUUUUAGACACUUUCGUGGUAGGUUAAACGAGUCUUUGGUGGUUCAGGUGAUGGAUAAUGUCAAGAAUCAUGACUUGUGUGUAAAGUUUUUCUUGUGGGCCGGUAGACAAAUCGGUUACACUCACACUCCUCUUGUGUUUGAUAAAUUGCUUGAGUUAUUGGGAUGCAAUGGCAAUGGCAAUGCCAAUGGAAAUGGCAAUGAUAGAGUGCCUUUAAAGUUUUUGAUGGAAAUAAGGGAUGAUGAUAGGGAAUUGCUUCGUAGGUUGCUUAAUUUUUUAGUUCGUAAGUGUUGUCGAAAUGGGUGGUGGAAUAUGGCUUUGGAAGAGUUGGGGAGGUUAAAGGAUUUUGGGUACAAGCCUUCUCAAACUACUUAUAAUGCUUUGGUUCAAGUUUUUCUUAGAGCUGAUAAGUUAGACACUGCUUAUUUGGUUAAGAAGGAGAUGUUGAAUUAUGGGUAUGUUAUGGAUAGGUAUACUCUUAGUUGUUUUGCUUAUUCUCUAUGUAAAGCUGGUAAGUGCAGGGAUGCUCUUGAUUUGAUUGGGGUUGAGGAGUUUGUGCCUGAUACAGUUUUUUAUAAUAGGAUGAUUUCUGGGUUAUGUGAAGCUUCCCUUUUUGAAGAAGCAAUGGAUAUCUUACAUACAAUGAGGUCUAGUUCUUGCAUUCCCAAUGUUGUCACUUAUAGGAUUUUGCUUUCUGGUUGUUUGAGAAAAGGACAGCUUGGAAGGUGCAAGAGAAUUCUGAGUAUGAUGAUUACAGAGGGGUGUUAUCCGAAUCGUGUGAUGUUUAACUCUCUUGUACAUGCUUAUUGUAAAUCAAGGGAUUAUUCUUAUGCCUAUAAGUUGUUUAAGAAAAUGAUAAAAUGUGGGUGCCAUCCAGGAUAUCUGGUUUAUAAUAUAUUCAUUGGAAGUAUAUGUAGCAACGAGGAACAACCUAGCUCGGAUAUUUUAGAAUUGGCAGAGAAAGCUUAUAGUGAAAUGCUUGAUUCAGGGGUUGUAUUAAAUAAGAUCAAUGUCAGCAAUUUGGCACGGUGUCUCUGUGGAGCUGGAAAAUUUGACCAAACUUUUAAGAUUAUAUGUGAAAUGAUGGGCAAGGGUUUUGUCCCUGAUGAUAGUACAUAUUCUAAAGUGAUUGGCUUCCUUUGCGAUGCCUCCAAGGUAGAGAAGGCGUUUUUGUUGUUCGGAGAAAUGAAAAGGAAUGGCAUUGUUCCCAGCGUUUACACCUAUACAAUUUUAAUUGACAGCUUUUGCAAAGCUGGUCUUAUUCAACAGGCCCGCAAAUGGUUUGGUGAAAUGUUAAGCGAAGGUUGCACUCCCAAUGUGGUGACUUAUACUGCUCUUAUUCACGCAUACCUGAAAGCCAGGAAGGUGUCUGAUGCAGAUGAACUUUUUGAGAUGAUGUCGCUUGAAGGUUGCAAGCCUAAUGUUGUUACGUAUACAGCUUUAAUUGACGGUCACUGUAAGGCUGGGCAGAUUGAAAAAGCUUGCCAGAUCUAUGCCAGAAUGCGAGGUGACAUAGACUCCUCUGAUAUGGACAAAUAUUUUAAGCUAGAUCACAACAACUGUGUAGGACCAAAUGUUAUUACAUAUGGGGCUUUGGUGGAUGGUUUGUGCAAAGCAAAUAGGGUUAAGGAGGCACGUGAAUUAUUGGAUACCAUGUCGGCUCAUGGUUGUGAGCCUAACCAAAUAGUGUACGAUGCUGUUAUUGAUGGGCUUUGCAAGAUUGGAAAGCUUCAAGAUGCGCAAGAGGUGUUUGCAAAGAUGUCAGAGCGUGGAUACAGUCCAAAUUUGUAUACCUAUAGCUCUUUAAUUGAUUGUCUGUUUAAAGAUAAUCGAUUGGAUCUUGUUUUGAAAGUGUUGUCGAAGAUGCUAGAGAAUUCUUGCACUCCAAAUGUUGUUAUUUACACAGAGAUGGUUGAUGGCCUCUGUAAAGUUGGAAAGACAGAUGAAGCUUACAAACUCAUGCUUAAGAUGGAAGAAAAAGGUUGUAAUCCAAAUGUUGUAACUUAUACUGCAAUGAUUGAUGGAUUUGGGAAAUUAGGAAAAAUUGAACAGUGCAUUGAGCUCUUUAGAGAUAUGUGCUCAAAGGGCUGUGCUCCAAACUUUAUAACCUAUAGGGUUUUGAUAAAUCAUUGUUGUUCCAGUGGCUUUCUUGAUGAAGCUUAUAUACUCUUAGAUGAAAUGAAACAAACAUAUUGGCCAAAGCAUAUAUUAAGUCACCGUAAAAUUAUCGAAGGCUUCAGCCAAGAGUUUAUAACCUCAAUCGGGCUUUUAGAUGAGUUGGGUGAGAAUGAAUCAGUGCCUGUUGAUUCUUUGUACAGAAUUUUGAUUGAUAAUUACGUCAAGGCGGGGAGACUGGAAGUUGCCUCGAAUCUUCUUGAAGAGAUUUCAUCCUCUCCAAACCUUGCAGUUGCCAACAAGUAUCUAUAUACUUCUUUAAUCGAGAAUCUGUCACAUGCAAGUAAGGUUGAUAGAGCCUUACAGCUGUAUGCUAGCAUGAUAAGUAAGAAUGUCGUUCCAGAGCUUAGCAUUCUUGUCCACAUCAUCAAAGGCCUUAUCAAGGUCGAUAAGUGGCAAGAAGCACUACAAUUAUCGGAUAGCAUAUGCCAAAUGGAUAUCCGCUGGAUUCAUGAAGAGGCAACCAGUAUAAAUUAGGUAUCUGUUGUACAGGUUGAAUAUAACUAAAGGAAAAUGGAUACAGGUAGGACAGAAGAAAUGGUCAAGCUGGCAAUAGCAGCAAUGGUGGUAAUAGAAACAGGAGAUUCUGAAGAAAUCUAGGAAAGAUGUUCUUCAUAUUCAAUUAAUGUCCAAAUCCUGUGUAUUUUGUCCAUCCUUCACUAUAUCGUGCUGGGGUGAUGAUUCUACGGUCUUUGGUCGUGGCAUGCUAAUUGAUGUCAAGAGACAAAUAAUCAUCUGAUUUUUCAUUAUGAAGAGCUUGGCAGCUGAGGAAUCAGCCUUUUUGACAUCCAUGGAGCAAGGCAUUUCCGAAGCAUCCUUGGUUCAAUUGUUUUCUAUUCUUCUCAGAGGCUCUGACAUGUCUUCUCUGAAUUUGCCUAGGCAUUGUGCUCUUUGUUGCGGAGUGAGAUAUCUGCAGGCACAAACUUGGUGGUCACAGGUCAGAGUUGUGGAAAUAACUUUUCUGCUCACUGCAUGCAGUGCACAUCCGCAGACUUCACAGUGGUUGGUGGGGGUCUUCAUGAACUGAGCUGCCCUUAAUUUUUUUGGUGGUGUAUAUAGAUAGAUUACAGUACCAUAGCAUUUGAUUAGAAAAUGUCAUCUCUUCUUCCUUUACACUUGUGUCAUGAAUGGCUUAUUUAUAGGGGGAAGCAUUGUUGAUUUAGAAAAGACUUUGAAUGUGCAAUGGGGAUAUGAGCUUCAUCCAGUCAGAGGCAGCUGCUUGCUUGCAAGAGUCAAUCCCAACUAUGUCUUUUCUGAGAAUGUUUGGUGGGGAUGAAGGCGAUCUAACGAUCCCUCUAGAGUUUAGAAUGAACUUUUGGGUGAUCAUAUUGUAAUGUAAUCUAACGAUAAAAAAUAAAAUAAGAUAAAGCUUGUGUUUA